GCUAGUGAUAUUUGUCAUUUUGUGUAGACAUAGGAUCAGAGUCGGAGAGUUGUUUAAUGGCUGCCUAAUCAUCAUAUAAGGACAAAAGUCAAAAACUUCAUCCUCAGAUGAAUCAUGCUGACCGAUCUUCGUAUCCAUUGUUUUACCUGGGAACACGAUUCCCGUUUAUCCAUUGUUCCUUCCGGAUCGAACUAUAUCUCUGCUCGGAAUCACAGCGGCCGGCGGCGGCGGCGGGCAACCAGUGUUUUCCCGACAGCUUCUCUUUCCGGUCUCGGCUACUGGAUCCAUUCCGACGGCGGAGACAGUCGACCGUAGUAGUAGCUUGAGCCGCCGUCAAAUUUUCUCCCAGAAAGCACCUACUCGAUGUUCAACCAUGGCUGCCAACGCAUAUCCGUGUGUGUUGGACGGAAAAUGGGGUUUUCAAGCCUGUUUCUGCUCUACAUUUUGAUCUUACUAUCACUGUGUUCUUGCUAUUACGGUGAUACCAUCUCCAUAAACAAACCCCUCAAAGAUGGAAGCCUGGUAAUUUCCAAAGGUGGUAACUUUGCUCUUGGAUUUUUCAGCCCUGUGGGAGAUAAUGGGAAAUCCGGUACCAGUUCCAGGUAUCUUGGAAUAUGGUACAACAAAGUGCCAAAGCAGACAGUCGUCUGGGUAGCAAAUCGGGACGAUCCAAUCAAGGAUUCAUCUGGGGAAGUUUCUGUUGACAAUCAUGGGAACCUCAUUCUGGUCAGCAGCCAUUCCCCUGGAGUUCAACUCUGGUCCACAAAAAAGGAAGCAAUGCCAAUGUUUUUCAAUGCUUCUGCUGGUGCAGCAGCUCAGCUCUUUGAUUCAGGGAAUUUGGUGCUGUUUCGUGGCGGGAGAGGAAUGGUUUGGCAAAGCUUUGAUCAUCCUACUGAUACCAUUCUACAAGGGAUGAAGUUCGGGUUGAAUAGGACGUCAGGCGCAUUAUCAUCCUUAACAUCAUGGAGAUCAUCAGACGAUCCUGGUACUGGAGAUUACUCGUUGAAGCUCGAUCCAAGAGGUUCUCCUCAGCUCUUUCUUAUCAAGGGGACAACAAGAAGAGAACCUUACUGGAGAAGCGCACCAUGGCCAUGGAAGAAGUACCCUCAUGUCUACAACUACACCUUUGAGAACAAUGAAGCUGGGGUUAUGUUCUCAUACCAUACUUAUGACCCUUCAAUUACGAUCAGGAUAGUGCUUGAUGGGGUGGGAAUUCUGAAACCAAUGGCAUGGCACGAGAGAGAUGGAAAUGGAGAUUGGAGGGAGUUCUGGUCUGCUCCGAAGCUCAGGUGUGACUUGUAUGCUCAUUGUGGUGAGUAUGGUAGCUGUGAUCCUUUGAGGGUUAACACAUUUGAGUGCUCUUGUUUGCCUGGGUAUGAACCGAAGAACCCGAUGGAGUGGUCUCUGAGAGAUGGAUCUGAUGGGUGUGUGAGCAAACGGGUGAAUAGUUCCUCAACGUGCGGGGAGGGUGAUGGGUUUUUGAGACUAGAACAUGUCAAGCUCCCUGAUUCUUCUCAUGCUAUUUGGGUGGAUGUGUUGUUGAGUUCGAGCAUUGAUUUGGAAUGUGGGAAGACAUGUUUGAGUAACUGUUCAUGUUCCGCAUACGCGAUCGUUAAUGCGAAUGAAGAGAAGAAGAGGUUGUGUCUGCAAUGGCAUGGCGUGUUGGUGGACACCACAAACCGUGGAACAACUGAUGGAUAUGAUCUCUAUGUUCGUGUGGAUGCGGUUGAAUUAGCUGGACGGUCCACAGAUCUCGAUGGCUUACCUAAGUGGAGGUCUAUGGUGGCCGUCAUGGGAGCUUCAGUUACUGCAGCAUGGUUUGUCAUUGUUUCAUUUUACUUGGUGCUGAGGAGGAAAAGACAAGUGAAGGAUAAAGCGAAUAGCAGAAGGUCUGACCAGUCAACUGAUGGUUCACUUGGGUACAGAGAGAGAAUGGGGAAUGAGCUUCCCAUUGGUAGUGGAAAGAGGACUUACCAUCAGGACCUUAGUUUUUUCAGUCUGAGCAGCAUAUCAGCAGCAACUGAUGACUUCUCUCCGGCUAACAAACUUGGUCAUGGUGGUUUUGGCAUAGUUUAUAAGGGUCAGUUACCUGAUGGCCAGGAGAUUGCAGUAAAAGUUUUAAGUAAGAACUCAGGGCAAGGUACAGAAGAAUUCGAGAAUGAAGCCGAGUUGAUUGCAAAGCUUCAACACAGGAACCUUGUAAAACUGUUGGGAUGCUGCAUUGAGCAUCACCAACAAAUGCUGGUGUAUGAAUACUUGGCAAACAGAAGCUUGGAUUCAGUUCUUUUUGAUGAAACCAGGAAGGUGUCCUUGGAUUGGAACAAGCGAUACAACAUUAUGGUUGGCAUUGCCCGGGGCAUCUUGUAUCUUCACCAAGAUUCGAGGUUACGAGUGAUCCAUAGGGACCUGAAAACCAGCAACAUUCUUUUGGAUGCUGACAUGAACCCAAAAAUUUCAGAUUUUGGGACCGCUAGAAUGUUCAAAGGCGAUGUACUUGGAGACCGGACACAUAGAAUCGUCGGAACAUAUGGAUACAUGUCGCCUGAGUAUGCAGUGCUAGGACAUUUUUCGACAAAAUCCGAUGUGUUUAGCUUUGGGGUUGUGCUGCUGGAGAUCAUAAGUGGGAUCAGGAUCAAUGCGUUGUGUGAGGAGGAUGAACCCCAGAACUUGAUUGGACAUGUUUGGGAACUAUGGAAAGUAGACAUGGAAAGGGUGAUGCAGGUAGUCGAUCCAUCGUUGGAGGACGAGAAGGAGAAGCGUUUCGAAGACAUCUUGAGAUGCAUCCAAACUGCGCUCCUUUGUGUCCAAGAGAAAGCAGAUGAUAGACCAGACAUGUUGGCAGUACUUCUGAUGUUGAACGGCGAAAGAACACUGCCUUCCCCCAAGCAACCUGCUUUCAUUUUUAGAGAACAUCCAUUGAUGUCAAAACAAGAAGAGGAAGAGCAAUGUUCCAUCAAUCAGGUCACCAUCACAAUGUGUCUCUCUCGCUAGUUACUGCAUUGUUUGCUGAUCUCUACAUCACCAGUUUUUUUUUAGUCAAUGAAUGUCCGGUGAUGAAUGGCUUCCAUUGUUCAUGGAGUCUAAUGUACAAGGUGCAUUUUUUAGGUUUAUGACUUCCACAAUUCAUGGUUCUAAUGUAAGAAGAUGAUGCAUCUUUAAGUAGGUUUAGGACUUAUUAUACUCUUUUGGUGUCAAGUUAAUGGCGAUUGGUGAAGGCGACAAUUCAUGUGACUGGUCACUAAUUGUGAGCUUGGUAAUAAAAUG